AUGUUUUCAUUUGCAUUUCUAUUUUGUCAAUCGGAAUUUUGCAACCUUUUACCUUAAAAAAAAAACUUAAAAUAAUUGUUAAAUUAUUCUUGGUGGAUAUACAACAGUGAAAAUACAACAUGGAUACACAACUCUGCUACAGUCUCACAAGCCUUAAUACCUCCGCUUUGCAUUUUUAUAAAUUUGUUCUACAAGAAAAGUCAAAUCAAAACUCAUCAAUUGCAUCACAUUUUAAAAUUCAAAACGGUCAUGAAAUUUUUGAAACAAUCGAAAAACAGUUUGAAAAGCUUCACAACCCUGAUAUUCUGUUAGAGUUGUUAGAAGUACUGAACUUGACCAUUCAACAAACGACACACGAAACUUGUCAACUUAUCUCCAAGUCAAUCGAGCAUCUCCUUAACAAGCAUUCUUCAAACGAGCAAGAUUAUCUGAUCGCUCUUCAUAUACUCAAGCAGUUUUUGACUUCAUUGUCAAAGGAAUCUGAAGUCGAACCAAGGCUUAUUGAUGAAAUUAUCAAACCAAAUGAUAAUAUCAAAGUGCAAAAUCAACAAGCCCUAUGCAUUUGUCUUUUGGUUGAUAAGUUUCAAAUGAUUCCACUUCUUGAAAUAGCCUGGCAGGAAAUACUAAAGAAGAAUUCCUCCAAUUUGAUGAUGAACUAUAUUGAUUUCCUUGUAAAAAAACUACAUGUUUUUAGGAAGCCUGAGUUCUGGCAACUCAUCGACACAUUCCUGUUGACAGAUUCUAAUCGGAAAAUGGCAAUAUUUUCAAUUCGUAAGGUUCUCACUUUUGUAUCGACCACAAAGGAAACUAUUCACGUCGACAAAUAUUUCCUUUGGCCAGGAAAAAACUUGCUGUCUUCUUGGCUAACAUAUCUAACAAUACUCGAAAACCUAGAAGAAAAGCAAUCACAUCUCAUAUUGCCAGCUUUAGAAAUGCUGCAAAAUGUGGACCUGGGCAAGAAAACACCUUGGAUGCGGAUAUUACUCCAACAAAUACUUAGACAUAAGAACAAUCUUGUUAUUCGUUGGUCAGUUAACUACUUGUUUAGAAAUUUUGAUAAAUUAAUCAUGGAAAAUGAUAUUUUGGAGGAUUUUUUUAAUGCUACUAACAAUACUUGGCUUUAUAAUGAAAAAUUGUCUUUCCAACAGCCCGUAUUCAAAAUAAAAGACGGGGAUUAUUUUAUGAAGAUAUUCGCUGAGAUACCCUGGAAAUCAGUUCCCAUGCAUGUGUGGUUAAUAAUCAUGAAACAGCAACAACACGUUUGGAAAGAUGUAAAAUGCAAGCCGAUUAUAAGCAUCGCAACCAAAAUUCGCCAGUUACAAAAUCGACUGAUUCGUUCCGAUUGCAGGGAAUUAUACUUCUCCAUAUUCAAUUCACAAAUUGAAGAAAUGGAUCUUAAUGAUUACAUGAAUUUCAUUGAUGCGUUCUAUAGUAGUUCGGAGAAAUUAAAUCCAAAACUUUUAUCUCUACUGAUAUCCAAGAUCGAAGAGAGUUCAAAUCCAUAUUUAUCGGCCAAUGUAUUUUCGCUACUGAGCAAGGAUCAGCUUAGCGAAGAUAAUCAAAUUAUGUUAAUAAAAAAGCUUGAGACUAUACCGCCGAGUGACCAUAAAUGGUUCUCUGUUCUUUUCGUAUUUUUCUUCGAUGUUGAAGUUCAACCUGAUUUGUAUGGUAUCACUAAUUGCAUGUUAUCAUCAUUGCAUGAAGCAACUGCUAAGUUUGUAAAUAAAUUAAGCUGGGAUGAUGUUUCAAAAGCUGUUAUUCGGGAAUUAACAGUUGACUGGUUUACAGCAAUCAAAGACAAUGAAAUUCAUGUAAAUGAUUUCCAAAGUUUCCUACAUUCUGGAGGAAUAAAAACGUUUCUUAAUUUAAUGGACCGAGUGUCAAGUUAUUCUAAAAUUGAUGCAGAUGUAUUCCAUGCUAUGAUUUCGGAAUUAAAAAAUUUGACGAAAAGGACAGAUGACCCUGCCAAACUGUAA